AUGGCUAACCCGCCAAGCUUUUGUCAGUCUCAUUUGUAUGAUAGUGUUCUGGCCGAAUUGACUUCAGACCAGGAACUUCAGGCCGUUGAUAAUCUGAUGCAAAUAGUUUAUAAAAAUUCAGAUAAGGAUUCCAGACAUGAUUCCGGAAGCUGCUUGCAGGAGAGCAGCGAUACAAUAUUUAUAGACGGUAAAUGUGUCAAAGUAUUCACCAAUAUCUUCUUGACUUGGUCUAACGCACAGAACUUUUGUCGGCAAACUUUCUACAACGGCACGUUAGUGGAACCAGUCAAUGAAUUAGAAAUGAGGGCGGUCAAGGCUUUAGCGAAAUCUUUAGUUUACAUUGAGUACACAUGGAUUGGAGCCAACGACCUUAUCUUUGAAGGAUCAUUUGUCUGGACCUCAGAUGAAAGGAAUGCUUCUCUGACUUCAUACUGGGACCAGGCCCAGCCCGACAAUUAUGGUAAUCAGGACUGUGUUGCAUUGUGGAGGUCGCACAAUUUUAACCUGGAUGAUUGGUUCUGUGAAACCGCUAUGAGCUUCAUGUGUCAGACAGAAAAGAAAAGGUGA